AUGACCAUUAGUUCUGUCCCUAGCAUCAGAGAUGGUUGCAUCACGGUGCGUGGCAAGGCUGUUUUGACUAGCGUACCGAGUAACGUUACCAUCACACCCAUAAGCAGUGAAGGAGCUUUUCUUGGUGCAUGUUCACAAACUUCAAGUAGUCUUCAUACCUUCUGCCUUGGAAUUCUCAAGGGGUUCAGGUUAACAUGUUUGUUCAGAUUCAAAAUAUGGUGGAUGAUACCAGGUUAUGGAGAAUCAGGCCGUGACGUACCAACGGAAACUCAAAUGCUUCUCCUUGAGGCAAAGGAUGGGACCAUCAUCAAUGAAAAUUUCAGUGAGCCAACAACUGAGGGAACUUUCUAUAUUCUCUUGUUGCCCGGCUUGGAUGGACCGUUCAGGACUAGUUUGCAAGGGACAAUAGUAGAUGAGCUUGAGUUCUGUGCUGAAAGUGGUGAUCCCAAUGUUGAAACCACGAAGGUAAUGGAAGCAGUUUAUGUAAAUUCAGGGGACAACCCAUUUAAGCUCAUAAGAAAUUCCAUGAAGAUAUUGGAGAAGCAUAAAGGAACAUUUAGGCACAUAGAUAACAAGGAGUUGCCAGCACAUAUAGACUGGUUUGGAUGGAACACCUGGGAUGCAUUUUACACCAAUGUCAGUGCACAAGGAAUUGAUGAAGGUCUUAAAAGGUUCUCAGAAGAAGGAUGCCUCCCAAAAUGGGUAUGCAUUGACGAUGGAUGGCAAAACACAACACAGGCAACACUAGAAAACGGUGAACUACCAAUUGAAAAAGUAGAACUCGGAGCCAGACUACAAAAUCUAAAGGAAAAUGCUAAGUUCAAGGGAAAGGGAUGUGGUGAUCUGCAUCAGUUUAUCAGAACCAUCAAACAGAAAUAUGGGCUAAAAUAUGUAUAUGCUUGGCAUGCUUUACUUGGCUACUGGGGAGGACUAGAUCCUUUAUCUGAUGAAAUGAGAAAAUACAACCCCAAGAUUGAACCCAUAGUUUACACCCCUGGCAACCUAAGCCAUGUUGUUUGUGGCGUUGUUCAAAUGUUGGAAAAAGUGGGAGUGGGAUUAAUUGAUCCCUUGAAAAUCGACGAGUUUUAUAAUGAUCUUCAUGGGUACCUUGCACGUUGUGGUGUUGAUGGAGUGAAGGUAGAUGUUCAGUGCUUACUAGAUACCCUUGGUUCUGGUUAUGGAGGGAGGGUUAUACUGACUAAAUGUAUUCAAGAAGCUCUUGAAGAAUCUGUUAUGAAGAACUUUGGAGGCAAUAACAUUAUUUGCUCAAUGAGUACGAACAACGAUUACAUAUUCUGUUCGAAGAGAAGUGCUUCUGCUAGAGCUUCUGAGGAUUUUAUGCCAAAUGAACCAACAUUUCAGACUCUUCAUGUAGCUGCUGUAGCAUUCAACAGUCUUUUGCUAGGGGAGAUAGUCAUUCCUGAUUGGGACAUGUUUCACAGCACACAUUACACAGCAGAGUUUCAUGCAGCAGCAAGAGCAUUGGGUGGUUGUCCAGUAUAUGUUAGUGACGAGCCUGGCCAGUGUGAUGUUAAUAUCAUCAGAAAGCUUGUACUGCCUGAUGGGUCCAUUCUGAGAGCAAAACAUGCUGGUCGUCCUACUCGUGACUGUUUAUUCGAUGACCCAGUUAUGGAUGGGAAGAGUUUACUCAAAAUUUGGAACUUGAACAAGCUAUCUGGGAUAGUUGGUAUAUUCAAUUGCCAAAAAGCAGGAAAAUGGCCUCCCACACCAGGUGCUAUAUCCCUUUUAGACCCAACGUUGGAAUGUUUAACCAUUACAGGUUCAAUUAGUGCAGCAGAUGUUGAUUCACUUCAGGAAGUUGCUGAUGAGGAUUGGAAUGGAGACUCUGCAGUUUAUGCCUUCAAUUCAGGGAAGCUUUCUAAACUUCCCAAGGGAAGAACAAUUGAAGUUUCCUUAGGAGUUCUAAAAUGUGAGGUCUUCACUAUUUCUCCCAUUAGGGUUUUUGGUCCAAGACUAGAAUUUGCUCCAAUUGGAUUGGUUGAUAUGUUCAACUCAGGAGGAGCAACUGAAGCUCUUGGGAGCUAUCGAAACCAAAGUGGAUGUGUGGUAAAGAUCCAAGUACGAGGAUGUGGUCGUUUUGGAGCGUAUUCCAACACAAAACCGAGCUAUUGUCUAGUGGAAAAAGCAGAGGUGGACUUCACAUACCAUGCUAGCAAUGGGCUUCUGACGCUUGAGCUUCAAGGUGAUUGCAAAUUGAGGGGAGUAGAAGUUUUUUAUCAAGAUUUUGAUGUUACAUCCUCCGAGGGCCUUAGCGUGCUCUCCGCUAUUCGUCUUUGA